AUGAAUCCCCCAGCAGUCGUAGUGACGUCGGCCAGUCGCGACAGUGUCCCAUUGCCUCCUUCCCCCGUCCCGACCCGCGUCAACGACGAUCCAGAGUACCAGCGCUACAAGACCUACGACGGUAGUCUCGCGACCUCUCCACACAGUCGAGAGCAGGACUUGGGACCAGAGCCGAACCCAUCGACAGAGCCCAUCAUCGAAGACUGUAAGAGGAAAAAGGGGGCGCUGGAGGCGCUGCAGCGCAAUUUGAAUCCCGCGCUGACACUAGAGAACUCGGGGAGUGUCGCGCGAGACCACCUUGCUUCAGAGCGAACGUUCCUUGCGUAUGUGCGCACGAGUCUUGCGAUUGCAUCCACAGGCGUUGCCCUCGUCCAGCUCUUCACUAUAGCGGGCAGCACCAAUCAGGCUUUGCAGAAGUAUUCCCGGCCUCUUGGUGCCACCAUCAUCGCUAUCGGCCUAUGCACUCUUAUCCUCGGUGUCGUGCGAUACUAUACUGUCCAGCAUUCACUCGUGAAGGGCAUGUACCCUGUCGCUCGCAUCAGUACAGUGAUGGUAGCGGCUGCCCUGUGCUCCAUCAUUGUCGCCAUCUUCGCCAUAUUGGUCACAAACCGUGGCGCAUAA